GCGAGACGCCACUACCGCGUGACCUUAAUCAACUAAACAAGCCCAAUUACACGCCGCCUUACCUUCCUCUACCACACCCGCCCGCGCUGGCCAGCGCGUCUCCACCCGAUGCGUUGCGGUGCCGCCGCCGCCCGGGGGGCUGCUGCAGCGGCGGCGCUUAACGUUCACGGCGCUCCUCAUCGUCGUCGACGCGCAGCGGAAGCGGAAAUGAUCGUAUGGCGGAAAUGCGGCAAUUCCCUGUGCAGCCGCUGUACACGUUGUUGUUGUCGUCGGUGUGGCGCGGGCCCAUUAGCGGUGAUGGGCCGCGGGAGACCCAUCACCCACCACCGCCUGCCCGCCCACAGGGGCCCAUUACCAUGAGGGCGCUUAUCCUCACCGGCAUUUUCCUCAUGAUCAGCCUGCAGCGGGCGGGAUUGGUCGACGCCCGCGGGCGGCAGCCGGCACCGGGGUCCGUCCACCGCUCCAAGACACACCACUUCCCGGUGGCGGAUGGACUGAAUCAGGGGCAUCAUUCCAGGGAAGCCGGAAGGAACGAAAACCAUUCCCAUUACUCGCAUCCCCGUCCCAACUGCCACCCGGAAGCGUUCCUGCGCAGUCUGCGCUCGCGGUUCCCCCGCAACGCCAACCUGGAGGCGGUACGGCUGCCGACCGGUGAGUUUGUGAACAUCAGCUGGCCGGUGAAGCGGGUGGCCAACAUUGAGGGCUCCGUCGUCCUGGGUGGUCUGAUGAUGGUGCACGAGCGCGAAGAGAAGGCCACGUGCGGCAAGAUCAUGCGGCAGGGCGGCGUGCAGGCCAUGGAGGCCAUGCUCUACACCAUCGACUACGUCAACACCCACCUCACCGGCAUCCACGCCAAGCACUCCCAGAAUUUCCUGCCCAACGUCACGCUGGGCGCUUACAUUCUGGAUGACUGCGAUAAGGACACGUACGGGCUGGAGAUGGCCGUGGAUUUUAUUAAAGGUUCGAUUUCCAGUUUGAACGGCGAAGGCGCCUACCGCUGCACGGACGGCAACGCGCCCAGUGGACCGGCGGUAAAGGUCAUCCCCGGCGUCAUCGGCGCCGCCAGCAGUGUGACGUCCAUCCAGGUGGCCAAUCUGCUGCGGCUCUUCAAAAUCCCGCAGAUCAGUUUUUUCUCGACGAGCUCGGAACUGAGCAAUAAAGACCGCUUCGAGUACUUCUCGCGCACAGUCCCCUCGGACGCCAACCAGACCCGGGCCAUGGUGGAUCUGGUGAAGCUGCUGAACUGGACGUACAUCUCCAUCAUCUACGAGGAAUCCGCCUACGGAAUCCAGGCCUUCGCCGCGCUACAGCAGCUGCUGGAAGACAACAAGAUCUGCUUGGCAGCGCGGGAGAAACUCCCCAAGGAUUCCGGGAAGGCCGGGGAGCGGCACUAUGACGAGCUGGUGGAGCGGCUCAAACUGACACCGGAAGCGAAAGGGGUUAUUGUGUACGGGUCGGAUCAGGAGGUGGCCGAGCUGAUGCGCUCGAUUCGACGCCGGAAUGCUACGGGAUGGUUCACCUGGAUCGGGUCGGAUGGGUGGAGUGCACGGCCGGUGGUGUCGGAUGGCAGUGAGCCGCAGGUGGAGGGCACCCUCUCCUUCCAGCCGAUGGCGCACCCUGUUGACAAGUUCGACCACUACUUCAAACAGCUCACCGUCUACAACAACAAGCGCAACCCCUGGUUCGUCGAAUAUUGGGAAGACAUGUUCCAGUGCAAAUUCAUCGAUUCCCCGUUGACACCCAACAACGCCCACCUGGAAACGGAGUGCACCGGUGAUGAGGAGUACCAGCCCAGCGGACCGUUUCAAAUGCAGCUGGAACCGCAGCUGCAGUUCGUCAGCGACGCAGUAAUGGCCUUUGCACACGCUCUGCACCUGAUGCACCAGGAACUCUGCCACGGCCGGCCGGGACUCUGCGCCAAAAUGCAGCCGAUCGACGGGGCGGCGCUGCUGCGCUAUCUCCGAAAGGUCAAGUUUGUCGGGCUGACCAAGGAUGAGUUCGAGUUCGAUCAGCAGGGCGACGGACCGGCGCGCUAUAAUAUCGUGCAUUUUAAACGCCUUUCCAAUCUCGAUCCGCCGCAAUGGGGAUGGGUCAACGUCGGAGAAUACGACAAGAGAGGCUUGCGGUUGGACUGGCCGGAAGUGCGUUUCAACGAUAGGAUAACCGGCGCCGAGCAGAAACCGGAGUCAGUGUGCGGGAAGCCCUGUGCGCAGGGUCAGGCUAAGAACAUCAAUCCCGAGCGAAAAUGUUGUUGGACAUGCGUGAACUGCAGCGAUUACCAGUAUCUGGCGUCGGAGUCGGAGUGCAUCGACUGCGGACCGGGCCGGCUGCCGCUCCCCAACAAGACCGGCUGCUACGAGAUCGCCUCGCACUACCUGUCCUUUGAUUCGUACUGGGCGGUGGGCGUGGCCAUCUUCGCCUGUCUGGGCGAGGCCCUGACCAUCCUGGUGAUUGUCGUCUUUCUCAAAUUCAACCAGACCACCGUGGUCAAGGCAUCCGGCCGGGAGCUCAGCUACGUCCUCCUCGCCGGCAUCAUGCUCUGCUACAGUAUGACUGGAUUUUUAUUGCUCAAACCGGGCGCGGUGGUCUGCGGCGUGCAGAUGUUCGGGAUCGGUAUCUGCUUCGCCAUCUGCUACUCGGCCUUACUGACCAAAACCAACCGCAUCGCGCGCAUCUUCCAAGCCGGGAAGCGCAGUGCGCGCCGGCCAAACUUCAUCAGUCCGCGCUCGCAGCUCAUCAUCUGCGCCGGCCUGGUCUCCAUACAGAUUGUGAUAAUUAUCGUGUACAUGGCGUACAGUCCGCCGGCGGCGGAGUUCUACUACCCGACGCGGGAGGACAACGUGCUGGUGUGCCGGUCGCACAUCGACGCCUCGUACAUGAUCGCCUUCGGCUACCCCAUUCUCUUGCUCAUCAUCUGCACCGUCUACGCCGUCCUCACCCGCAAAAUCCCCGAGGCCUUCAACGAGUCCCAGCACAUCGGCUUCACCACCUACACCACCUGCAUCAUCUGGCUGGCCUUCGUCCCCAUCUUCUUCAGUACGGCGACGAACAUCCCGCUGCGCAUCACCACCUUGUGCGCCUCCAUCAGCCUGAGCGGGACAGUGUCGCUGAUCUGUCUGUUCGCGCCGAAAGUCUACAUCAUCCUCUUCCAUCCGGAGCGGAAUGUCCGGCAGUCGCUGAUGAUGAGCGGCGCCAAGUACAACGCCACCAAGACCAACACCACCUCCUUGAUAUCCCACACCGGCAGCGGGGCCAGUCAGAGCUCCAUCGCGGCGGGGGACAGCAACGACGUCGGCAAGACGGUGAAUAAUUUGAAAGAGCCGGCGCAGGCCGAGAAAAUGAAGCUCAACCUGCUCAAGUGCCCCGGGCCGGCGCUGGACGAUUCCGAGCUGAAGCCUUUUGCUAAUAAUCUGAAGAAGAACGGGAAGUCGGUUAACCUCUCCACGGGGAAUCUGAAGGACGCCAACCUCCUCUCGCCGGACCUGAAGGACAAACGCUCCACCCUGGGCGGUUCCUUCAGCAGUCUGCUGCGGCGGGCCAGCAGCACCACGCAGACACUGAGCGCCAGCGACGACCACCUCAGCUUCAGCCUGGAUUCCCUGCCGGCCGCGCACUCCAGUCCGCAGCGGUCGCGGGUGAGUUCCGCGGCGGCCGGUGGUGGCGGCACCCCCGACCGACCGGCGUCUCUGACACCCAGCAGUGCCUUACCCAAGAACACCGUACACCAGUUCCAACCCGACGAUGUACAGCUGUAGAAAAUGCUUAUAUAUACGAAGAACAUCCGUUGUGCUUUUGCAAACGCCGGUCGCCGGUGUGUAAUGGAUCGGUUGACAUGGAUCUCUUUUUUUAAGCUGUGCAAUGGUAUUAGCAAUCAUCCUGUAGAGUGUAUAAUGAAAUUGAUCUGUUUCCGGUGUUAAGGGAUAGUAACAGAAUAUACUGUACCGUCGACAUGACACAAAAAAUUAGCACAAUGCAACAAUGAUUGCAAAAUGCGACAGUGCGGCUGAUAUAAACGUUAACACG